UCCGGUGGGUCUGGAAUCAGUAAGUAUGACUCCACCUGCUCUCCGCCAGGCACCGGGAUGGGAGAUGGCAGGAGGACGCAAGCUGCCGAGCAGGGGGCGCCGCAAAGGGCCGGAGAGCGGGCGGGGCCGGAGGGAGGUGCGGGCAGGCGCGGGGCGGGCCGGGGCGAGGGCCCCCCUCCCGACGUGGCGGCCCGGGGGCGCGCAGGGCGAGGGGACAGCGGGCUGGCCUCUUACCCCGCGGCGCCGCAGGCCCACGUGUCGUCCCCGCCGUCGUCUCCGAGGGCGCCGCCGCCCCGAGGCCCGGGCCCCUCCGCGUGCGCGGCCUGCGGCCCGGCCUUCCUGCGGCGGGAGGACACGGAGGGCAGCGCGCGCCGGCCGGACGCCAGCGCCGCCCCCUCGGCCGAGGACGGCCCCCCCCCCGAGGCGGCCCGGGGCCCGCAACGCCCGCCGAGUCCGCCGGAUUCGGGGGCCGGGCUCCCGCGGCGGCCGCCCAGGCCCGGCGCCUCUUGGGCGUCCCCAGGCCCGCGGGACGGGCGACGCCGCCGGGGAGGGCGCGGGGCCGCGGCUCCUGCCCCUGCGCCCCGCGCGGUCUCGGCCGUCCGGUGGAGGGGCGCCCCGGGCUGCGCACGCCGCGGGCACGGCCUCGGCGCCCCCGGCAGCCCGCCGGCGCCCCGCCUUCCCGGGCCUUCCGCGGCCCUGGCCCUGA